CAUUGCUGCAACUUUCAACUUUUGGGAUUCGCUCCCUCGGGGUUCGGGGGGAAUUUGGGGGGAUUUGGGAGCUCCCGGGGGGCGCAGCACCGCCCCUCCCGCCCGGCAACCCCCGGCCGCGCCAUGGUGUCCUGGAUCCUCAGCCGGGUGAUUGAGCUGCUCUUCGGGAUGCUCUACCCGGCCUACGCCUCCUACAAGGCUGUGAAGACGAAAAACAUCCGGGAAUACGUCCGAUGGAUGAUGUACUGGAUCGUCUUCGCUCUCUUCAUGGCCACAGAGACCUUCACCGACCUCCUCAUCUCCUGGCUCCCCUUCUACUACGAGGUGAAGAUGGCUUUUGUCAUCUGGCUGCUGUCGCCGUACACGCGGGGGGCCAGCCUGCUCUACCGCGGCUUCGUGCACCCCACGCUGGCCCGCAGGGAGAAGGACAUCGAUGCCUUCCUGGUCCGUGCCCGCGAGCGCAGCUACGACCGCUGGCUGCGCUUCGGCAAGAGGGGCCUCAACCUGGCGGCCACCGCCGCCGUCCAGGCGGCCACCAAGAGCCAGGGCGCGCUGGCCGGGCGGCUCCGCAGCUUCAGCAUGCACGACCUGCGCUCCCUGCCCGAGCAGGCCCCCGUGCACUUCCAGGACCCGCUGUACUUGGAGGAGCAGGGGAGCCUCCAGCAACCCCUGGGCCUCCGCUAUGAGAGCGAGUCGGACGAGGAGGAGCUGUGGUCGGACUCGCAGGUGUCCCCCUCGGUGUCCCCACGCCGGGAUGCCAGACCCCUGUCCCGCUGGCAGAGCCUGAGAACCCUGAGGAAGAACCCAGGAAAAGAGGCCUCUUGCCGGCUCCUGCGCAGCCGCACCAGGAGGAGAGCGGCUCUGUCAGAGCAGGAGAGCUGAAAAUGCCAGGAGACCUCUGCCAGGAGGCCGGACAGGAAUUUGCUGCUGCGGCAUCAGGAGGGACGACCUGUGGCUCCUGCACCCCUGGGGAGGCUCCUGCACCCCUGGGGAGGCUCCUUGCAUCCCCGGGCUGGCUUCUGGUGUCCCCAGGGUGGCUCCUGCACCCCUGGGGUGGCUCCUGGCGUCCCCAGGGAGGCUCCUGGCAUCCCCAGGGUGGCUCCUGGCGUCCCCAGGGAGGCUCCUGGCAUCCCCAGGGUGGCUCCUGGCGUCCCCAGGGAGGCUCCUGCACCCCCUGAGGAGGCUCCUGCACCCCUGGGAUCCUCACACUGUAAAUCCCUUCCACGUGGCCCCUCGAGGAGGGGGCAGCAGCUCAUCCCCAGACCCCCCAGCUCGGCGCUGGCGCCUCUCCUGUGGGGUCUGGCCCCUCCUUUUUCCCCCCAUCCCAUGAACACUACAGGCUCCCCCGCUUCUGCUGCCUUAUUCACAACAUUCCCGUUCCCCUGGGAGCCAGGGGUGGAUGUGCCUUGUCCCUCUGAAGCCAAAGCCAUGGGCCCUGCCAGGGCCCUCCCCAGACACAGACUGACACCCCCAUACUUGAGCCCAGAGCACUGGGCAGCACACAGCUUUUAACAUUCCCCUCUCUCAAAAAGAGGGUUUUGUACCUGGAAAAAUAAAUGUUUGUU